AUGUGUCGCACCAAACAACACAAAAGUCCCUCGUCUGGAGUUGACAGAAGACAAAAAAUAAGCCAAACGCCUGAUCGCAAACAACACAAUGAACAAAAAGUUUAUUCAGUUGAUACAGAGUUCUUUGUUGACACAGUUCAGUCAGUAAAUAAAGAAAGUGAAUCAUGGAUUGUUCCAAUAUUAAUAAACAAAACUCUUGUACCUUUAAAACUUGACACAGGUUCAGAUGUGAACAUAUUGGGUUACAAAGAUUUUCAAAACUUGUUGCAAAAGCCAAAACUAAACAGCAGUAAGGUUCUGUUGAAAGCAUAUGAUGGAGGAAAUGUACCGGUAAAAGGUCAGUGUGUACUGGAACUUUGCUACAAGGAUAGUCGAUACAGAGCAUUGUUUAUCAUCAGUGAUGAAGAUGUACGACCUAUUUUGGGCUGCAAGUCAUGCGAAAAAAUGGGUUUGGUGAAACGAGUACUGUCACUUGAACAUCACAUUGAAACGGAUAUCAAGGAGUAUGCUGAUACAUUUGAAGGUCUUGGUUGUCUCCCAGGAAAAGUUAGCAUAAAACUGCAUAAUGAUGCAAUACCAGUUGUUGAGCCAUGUAGGAAAGUACCAUUUGCCUUAUAUGAUAAGCUCAAAGCAGAACUUCAUAAGAUGGAAGACAUGAAGGUGAUUGAAAAAAUUGAAGAGCCAACAGAAUGGGUGAAUUCACUUGUUGUAGUACACAAGGCUAAUGGAAAACUUCGAGUCUGUAUGGAUCCGCGGAACUUGAAUAAAGCAAUUCUUCAGGAACAUUUUAAACUCCCUACUCGUGAGGAAAUAAUGUCACGAUUUGCAGGAGCUAAAGUCUUUUCGAAACUUGAUGCGUCAAAUGGGUUCUGGCAAAUACAGUUGGAUGAACAGAGUUCACGAUUAUGCACAUUCAAUUCGCCAAUCGGAAGAUUUCGUUUUCUCAGACUGCCAUUUGGUAUAUCGAGUGCACCUGAAAUUUAUCACAGAAUCAUUCAUUCAUUAUUCGAACACAUGGAUGGAGUUGAUACAUCUAUGGAAGAUAUCAUUGUCUGGGGUAAAAAUGAACAAGAGCAUAACAGAAGAUUGUGCCAAGUUCUUGAAAAAGCAAGAAAAGUUGGACUUAAACUUCAAAAAGAAAAGUGUGAAAUUGGUGUUUCAGAACUAACAUUCCUUGGAGAUACUCUGUCAAAAGAUGGUUUAAAGCCUGAUCCUAAGAAAGUAGAAGCAAUCUGCAGCAUAGAAACUCCAACAUGCAAGAAAGAUCUCCAAAGAUUUCUUGGUAUGAUAAAAUACCUGGCUUGCUUUCUGCCGGAUUUAUCCGAACGAACAGCAACUCUGAGAGAACUAUUGGACAAAAACAAUAACUUUGAUUGGACACCAAAUCAUGAUACUGCUUUCGAGAAACUGAAAUCCUUAGUGUCAAGCAAGUACUUCAGUAUUAUGAUCCGUUAA